UGAAAGUUCCAAAGGCACCGCCGUACUGUCGAAGAACACCAAAUAUAGGCAGGAAUUGCAGAAGGCCACAGCGAAAUAGUUGGACCUGCUGCGACCAUUGGUAUUUGGUAGCACCACAAAAGGAUCUCUUGUAUUUUACCUUUCAUCUUCCUCCAUAUUAAGAACAUUUUUCUCCUUUGCUUUCUUUAUUUGGAAUUGGUAUAGGCCACCACUAUACUAAGAUUACCAAAGAAAAAGAAAGCCGUACGGACAAGAAAAACUGUCGAAUCCCUUCCCCACACGGCGGCUGGAGCGCUUCUCCUAUCUUCGCAUCCUCUAACUCUUCCUUGCCGGUGGUGCAACAUAACCGCCUCUGUAAAUAACAGUAAUAUAGUUUAUUGAUCAAAGGUGAAAUUAUAAGACGAAGAUGCUGACCAUUAAGAAGGUUCCGACGGUCGUUUCAAAUUACCAGGAGGAGAGUUCCGAAACAAGCUUUGAAGGGUGUGGCCGAAAUUGCCUGGGAAAGUGCUGCUUACCUGGGUCGAAUGUGCCUUUAUAUUCUUUCAAAAAAGAUGGAAAGAAUUCUAUGGAAAAUGGGGGGCUGAACUCACCCAGGCAGCAGCCUCAAAUAUGUUUCCUGCACAAUCUAUUGCUGGGUCAAUGGGAGGAUCGAAUGAGUCGUGGCCUUUUCCGCUAUGAUGUAACUACUUGUGAGACAAGGAUCAUUCCUGGCCGAUGCGGCUUCAUUGCACAGCUUAACGAGGGCCGCCAUCUAAAGAAAAGACCAACUGAAUUCAGGGUUGACAGGGUACUUCAGGCCUUCGACGAGGGUAAAUUCAAUUUCACAAAAGUUGGACAAGAAGAAGUCCUUUUCAGGUUUGAACAAGGCCAUGACAACAAGAGCGAGUUCUUUCCUAGUGCACCUGUCACUGCUGAUUCCACUUCUCCCAGUAUUGUUGCUAUCAACGUAAGCCCAAUUGAGUUUGGACAUGUUCUGUUGAUACCCCGAGUUCUUGAUUGCUUGCCUCAAAGGAUUGAUCAUGAGAGCUUCUUGCUUGCUCUUCACGUGGCUAAAGAAGCAUCAGAUCCUUUCUUUAGAAUUGGUUACAACAGUUUGGGUGCUUUCGCUACCAUUAAUCAUCUUCACUUCCAAGCAUAUUAUUUGGCAUUACCAUUCCCAGUUGAGAAAGCUCCAACUAGAAGAAUAAUGACAGUGAAGGGUAUGCAAGAUCAAGGAGUGAUAGUAUCUCGUCUUUUGAAUUAUCCUGUGCAAGGUGUUGUCUUUGAAGGCGGAAAUACAAUGCAAAAUUUGUCUGAUUCUGUUGCCAGUUCUUGCAUUUACCUCCAGAACAACAAUAUACCCUUCAAUGUGCUGAUUGCUGAUUGUGGAAAUAAAAUCUUUCUCUUCCCACAAUGUUAUGCUGAGAAACAAGCCCUUGGAAAAGUAAGCCAGGAGCUUCUAGAGACUCAAGUUAAUCCAGCUGUUUGGGAGAUCAGUGGACAUAUAGUGCUCAAAAGAAGAAAGGAUUUUGAGGAUGCUUCAGAAACAUCUGCGUGGCGACUUCUUGCUGAGGUUUCUCUAUCUGAAGAGAGUUUUCGACAGGUGAAGUCUUAUAUCUUGGAAGCAGCAGGUUUUCAGGAGAAGAGUAACACAGGCGAGGAGGAUUCUAUCUACGACCAACUUUCUCCCAAACCUAUUUCACAUUUACCUAAGAAUUGUGUGGUUAUUCAUUGACAUACUACAUAUGUAAGAUUUUUUUAUGUUGAAACUUGGCAUUUUUCUGCAAUAUCCAAUUCCAGUUUUGGAUGUUCUUCUGAUCCUGUACAUGGUCGGAGUUUGAUGUUACCAGAAGCACCAGGAGAAACUUCUCUGUUAGCAGGUUUAUGUUUUUUUCUCAAAUGUUAGCAGGUUUAUGUGUCAUAGCUAGAAUUGUAUAUUGUCGGUGUCUUUGGUAAUGACAGAUUCAUUAAGGGGGUUCGUUAUAAAGUUUCU